UCAAUCCAUUUACUCCUAUAAUAAUCCUCCUUUCCUUUUUUCAUUUCUCAUAAUCAUAAAAAAAAACAAAAAAUAAAAUGGAGGUGUCUAAUAAUAAGAAAAUAACAUCUCCAUUAUAUGCUUUCUUGUUUAUUUCUUCUAUUUUUAUUCAAUGCCUUCCUUAUGUUUCAUCUAUAGGUGUUAACUAUGGCACCCUUGGCAACAACUUACCUCCACCAUCACAAGUUGCUCAAUUCCUCAAGGACAAAACUAUAAUCGAUAAAAUCAAAAUUUUUGACUUGAAUCCAGACAUCCUACGCGCUUUCGCUAACACAGGAAUCUCAGUUACUGUCACUGUCCCAAACGGUGAAAUUCCAAAAUUGUUGGACAUAGGUUAUGCUAAGAGUUAUGUUGAUGCAAACAUCAAGCCAUUUUAUCCACAAACAAAAAUUGAUGUCAUAGCAGUUGGUAAUGAAAUCCUUCAUUGGGAAACACCAGAAGUACAAAACAAAUUAGUUGAUGCAAUGAGGACAUUAUAUCAAGCAUUAACACAAUCUGGUAUUAACACAAUUAAAGUGUCAACACCACAUUCAUUAGGGAUAUUACUAAGUUCAAAUCCACCAAGUAAAGCAAGUUUUAGACCAGGUUGGGAUGUUGGUAUUAUAAAACCAAUGUUACAAUUUCUACGCGAAACGAAAGGACCUUUUAUGGUGAACCCUUAUCCAUACUUUGGUUACAAUCUACCACAAGCUGAUUUCCUAUUGUUCAAACAAAACAAUGGCGUAUUCGAUCCGUUUACUAAGAGGACAUACAAAAACAUGUUUGACAUGUUGUUGGAUGCUGUGUAUGUGUCAAUGAAGAAACUUGGUUAUGCUGAUGUUGAUAUCAUUGCAGCAGAGACCGGAUGGCCUUCAUUAGGUGAAACUUUUGAACCACAAUGUACUGUGGAAAAUGCAGCAUCAUACAAUGGUGGAUUACUUAGGAAAGCUGUGACUGGUGCAGGGACACCAUUGAUGCCAAAGAAGAAAAUUGAUAUAUAUAUUUUUGCUUUGUUUAAUGAGAAUACUAAACCAGGUUCUAAUGCUGAGAGGAACUUUGGUUUGUUUAGGCCUGAUUUUACACCAGUUUAUAAUAUUGGAAUCAUGAAAGGACAACCUUUGUUGCCUGAGCCACCAAAGCCUCUUCCAAGACCAGCAUUGCCACAACCACAACCAAGAAAUCCAAAAGAAAGCCGUAACCGAAAGCCGGGCCGAAGUCCAGCCCCAGCAAUCCCAGUCCAACCAGCCCCAAAACUUCCAGCCCAACCACUUCCACAGCCUGCAGCCCCGGCGGGCAAGAAAUUCUGUAUGCCCAAACCAGGUGCUACAGAUGCACAAUUGCAGGCCGCUUUAAAUUGGGCCUGCACUAAUCAAGGUGUGGAUUGUACCCCAGUUAAUGCUGGAGGUGCAUGUUUUCAACCCGUUACUCUUAGGUCUCACGUAGCCUGGGUUAUGAAUUCUUACUAUCAACUCCAUGGUAAAAAUGAUUUUAACUGUGAUUUUUCGGGCUCUGCUGUCAUCGUCUUCCAAGAUCCAAGUUAUGGUACAUGCAAGUACCUAUCUUAAAUAUUAUGGCCAAAAAAAGGAAGAUUUUGAAGCUAUUCAACAUCUGAAGGAUUAGUUUUGAUAUAUUAAGAUUUUUUAAAUCUAAAAAUUGUACUUUGAUAUUUCACAAACUAAUCUAGUUAUAUUGUUGUGUAGUAUCUAUUCAUUAUAAAAAAAAUGUUGCCUACUUCAUUUGCCA